AUGCCUUACAUCGGUGCUUCCAAUUUAUCAGAACACUCCUUUGUUAAUUUGAAGGAAAAACAUGCGAUUAGACAUAAAGGUACUGGUAACUCCUCAUCAUCUUUGCAGGCGCCGCCGAGCCCUGACCAGGAGAACCACAUUGAUAACGAAUUGGGAAAUUACGACACUUCUUUAAGCGACGUUUCCACUCCGAUUAAAAAGGAAAAUGAUUCGUUCGAGCGGAGCUUGAAGGAUACAUUUGCUAGUUUCCGUGAAACGAAGCCUCCACCUCCUCUAGAUUUUGAGCAACCCAGACUCCCCUCCACAGCAUCCUCAUCUGUGGACUCUACGGUGUCUUCGCCGUUGACGGACGCAGACAUAGAGGAGUUGGAGUUUCUUCCGAAUGAAUCUACUCAUUCUUACUCGUACAAUCCUCUUUCACCAAAUUCCUUAGCGGUCAGAUUGAGGAUUCUGAAAAGGUCCCUGGAAAUCAUAAUACAAAAUCCGAGUAUGCUGCUGGAACCUACUCCAGAUGAUUUGCCUCCCUUGAAGGAGUUUACCAGCCGUAGGAGAAGUCUGCCUAAGACAUCGGCUUCCGCGAAUCAUUUGAUGAAUAGGAAUAAGAGCCAAAUCUGGAACACUACUUCCGCGACCCUAAAUGCAUUUGUAAAUAACACUUCUUCUUCCUCGACGGCAUCAUCUGCUUUAUCCAAGAAAAAGAUGGGCACCCCGGUUUUCCCUAAUUUAGAUCCCACCCAUUCCCAAACAUUCCAUAGGGCUAACUCCUUAGCCUAUCUACCUUCUAUUUCAGCCAAGCGUGACCCACUGCUUGAACGAAACAGCUCUUUAUUCCUUGGUGACUGUGGGAAUGGUAUAAGCUCCGAAAGGCCAAGUUUCAGGCAACCGUUUAAGGACAAAGCUAAUAACGUCCGCAAUAGCACUUUGCUUAAUGAAAGCACUUAUCCGGAAGAGGAGAGUUUUUUACCCUACCAUAAACCUUCUAUAGAUCUACUCAAUGAGCAAAGAGCCAAUUUGAAAUGCCUCUUAAAUUUACUUAACGAAACGCUGGAAAAAAACACUUCCGAGAGAGCUUCAGAUUUGCACAUGAUAUCACUAUUCAAUCUGAAUAAACUAAUGCUUGGAGAUCCAAAGAACAGCAAUUCGGAACGUGAUAAAAGGACAGAAAACUUGAAGAAAAUUCUGCUAGAUAGUUUGGCAGAACCAUUUUUUGAGCAUUAUAAUUUCAUUGAAGGCAAUCCAAUCGAGGAUACAGACGAACUCAAAGAGGAAAUUGAUGAGUUCACAGGAUCAGGAGACACGACUGCUAUAACAGAAAUACGGCCCCAACAGGACUAUGGUCGUAUAUUGAGGACAUUCACUUCUACAAAGAAUUCUGCCCCACAGGCAAUUUUUACAUGUAGUCAAGGGGACCCUUGGCAAUUCAGAGCCGCAAAUGAUCUAGCUUGCUUGGUAUUCGGUAUCUCACAAAGUGCCAUUCGUGCCUUAACUUUAAUGGAUUUAAUCCACACGGAUAGUAGAAAUUUUGUCUUAAAUAAACUAUUGUCUACUGAGGGUCAGGAAAUGGUGUUUACAGGCGAAAUCAUUGGUAUUGUUCAACCAGAGACACUAAGCUCCUCCAAAAUAGUAUGGGCAUCGUUUUGGGCAAAAAGAAAGAACGACUUGUUAGUUUGUGUUUUCGAAAAAGUUCCCUGUGACUACGUUGAUGUACUUUUAAAUUUAGAUGAUUUUAGUGUGGAAAACAUUGUAGACAAAUGUGAGCUAUUGUCAGACGGACCAUCAUUGUCCUCUUCUUCGACUUUAUCGCUUCCGAAGAUGACCUCAUCACCAAACGUUAGCAAACUAGAGUAUUCCCUGGAAAGGAAGGUUCUUGAAAAGAGCUCUUCCAGACCCAAUUUAACGAACAACCACUAUGCCAGUGAAAGUGAACUUGAUGGAAUCAGCCACUCUGAAUCGUCCCCGUCAUUGUCGCCGGUAAGGACGAAGAAGAGCGUGAAAUUCGCCAAUGACAUCAAAGAGGUUAAGAAUAUAAGCCAAUCGUUAGCCAAAUUGAUGGAUGACGUGAGAAAUGGAUUGGUAUUCGAUCCUGAUGAUGACCUUUUGCCCAUGCCCAUUAGAGUUUGCAACCAUAUCAAUGAAACGAGAUAUUUCACUCUAAAUCAUCUAUCUUUUAAUAUUCCAUGCGCAGUUUCCUCUACCGUUUUAGAGGAUGAGUUAAAGUUAAAAAUUCAUAGUUUGCCCUAUCAGGCUGGUUUAUUCAUUGUUGAUUCUCACACUUUAGAUUUGAUUAGUUCCAAUAAGUCCAUCCUGAAAAAUAUGUUUGGUUAUCAUUUCGCAGAGCUAGUAGGGAAAUCCAUUACUGAAAUUAUUCCAACGUUUCCAAGAAUUCUUCAAUUUAUCAAUGAAAAGUAUCCUGCCUUGGAUAUUACACUUCAUAAAAAUAAAGGUUUGGUGUUAACUGAACAUUUUUUCAGGAAAAUUCAGGCAGAGAUUAUGGAUGAUCGUAAAGCUUUCUAUACUUCGGUAGGUAUCGAUGGGCUUCAUAGAGACGGCCGUGAAAUCAAAAUUGAUUUUCAAUUGCGUGUAAUGAAUUCCAAAGUGAUUUUGCUUUGGGUAACACACUCAAGGGAUGUCGUAUUUGAAGAAUAUAAUACAAACCCCUCACAGUUGAAGAUGCUGAAAGAGAGUGAAAUAAGCUUAAUGAGCAGUGCAAGUAGCUCUGCCAGCUCUUCCAAAAAAUCUUCAUCUAGGAUAUCUACCGGAACGUUAAAGGAUUUAAGUAAUCUGUCAAUUUAUGAGGAUUUGGACCACCGGGCCAAUAAGCUCAAGUAUGAAAUUGGGGGAGAAUCCACAAACCAUUCUGAAUCCACUCUGUCCGAGCGGGACCAAGACCCUCUGGAAGAUGACAAAGAUAGCAGCGAAAUGAUAGUUGGUGAUCCAGAGAUGAAACACAAACUAGAACUGGCCAAAAUUUACUCCAGAGAUAAAUCUCAAUUUGUAAAGGAGGGAAACUUCAGAGUUGACGAAGAUUUGAUUAUUAGUAAAAUUUCACUAUCCCCAAGUGCAGAAUCAUUAGUAGAUUCUAAAGGUUCUGCGAAAGGAUUAUCUCCACUGGAAGAGGAACCCCUGAUUGAGAAAAAUGCCACUGAAAAUGAGCUGGAUGAAUCUUCUAAAGAUGAAGACGGUAUCAUAAUGACUAGCAAGCGAACGAGCCAACCUACCAGUACAUUCCUAAAUACUCCUGAAAAGAAUAUCGGUGCCCUAAAGCAUAUUAAGAAAUUUUCAGAUUUUGUCGGUUUACAGAAAAUGGGUGAAGGAGCGUACGGUAAGGUCAAUCUGUGUAUCCAUAAGAAGGAGAGGUAUAUUGUGGUGAUCAAGAUGAUUUUCAAGGAAAGGAUUCUUGUUGAUACAUGGGUUAGAGAUAGGAAGUUAGGUACUAUUCCUUCUGAGAUCCAAAUCAUGGCCACAUUGAAUAAAAAACCGCAUGAAAAUAUUCUACGGUUACUAGAUUUCUUCGAGGACGAUGAUUAUUAUUACAUCGAAACCCCCGUACACGGUGAAACAGGGUGUAUAGAUCUUUUUGAUCUGAUUGAAUUUAAAACUAAUAUGACUGAAUUUGAAGCCAAGCUGAUAUUCAAGCAAGUCGUAGCAGGUAUAAAGCACCUACACGACCAGGGUAUUGUUCACAGAGACAUCAAAGACGAGAACGUGAUUGUAGAUUCCAAAGGUUUCGUCAAGAUUAUCGAUUUUGGAUCUGCUGCAUACGUCAAGAGUGGACCAUUUGAUGUGUUCGUGGGGACAAUAGAUUAUGCCGCCCCUGAAGUUUUGGGGGGGAACCCCUACGAGGGCCAACCACAGGAUAUUUGGGCCAUUGGUAUUCUGUUGUACACCGUGGUCUUCAAAGAGAAUCCCUUCUAUAACAUAGACGAAAUACUGGAAGGAGAUUUGAAAUUCAAUAACGCAGAGGAAGUCAGUGAAGAUUGCAUUGAGUUGAUCAAGAGUAUUCUGAACCGUCGCGUACCGAACAGGCCCACCAUUGACGAUAUAAACAAUGACAAGUGGUUGAUUAUUUAA